GGAGAUCAAGCUGCGGAAUUACGAUCCCGAGGAUGAGGAGCUGAAGAAGAGGAAGCUGCCCCCGGCCAAACCUGCCUCAGUGGAGGACACGGUGAAGGAGCAGCUGGAAGCGGCCAAGCCGGAGCCAAUCAUCGAUGAGGUGGUAGGUAAAGCUGGAAUUCCUGGGAAUCCAGACUGGGAAAUCUGGAUCAGGGAAUCUGGAGCUGGAAAUCCGUAUUGGGAAAUCUGGAUCAGGGAAUCUGGAGCUGGAAAUCCGUAUUGGGAAAUCCAGAACUGGAAAUCUGGAUCUGUGAAUCUGAAUCUGGGAAUCCAGAUCAGGGAAAUCCAGAUUGGGAAAUUUGGAUCUGGGAAUCCAGAUCAGGGAAAUCUGGAUUGGCAAAUCUGGAUCUGGGAAUCCAGAGCUGCAAGUCUGGAUCUGGGAAUCUAGAGCUGGAAAUCUGGAUUGGGGAAUCCUGACUGGGACAUCUGGAUCUGGGAAUCCAGAUCUAGGAAAUCUGGAGCUGGGAAUCCAGAUUGGGAAAUCUGGAGCUGGGAAUCUGGAUCUGUGAAUCUGAACCUCGGAAUCCAGGUCAGGGAAAUCCAGAUUGGGAAAUUUGGAUCUGGUAAUCCAGAUCAGGGAAAUCUGGAUUGGCAAAUCUGGAUCUGGGAAUCCAGAGCUGCAAGUCUGGAUCUGGGAAUCCAGAGCUGGAAGUCUGUAUUGGGAAAUCCAGAGCUGGAAAUCUGGAUCUGGG